AGGAGACCCGGACAAAUCUAGAUCUGCGCUUCUUCAGCUUGAUUCCUUAGCAGCACAAGAAGGGAUCUUGCUACAUUGCACUUCAGGCCCUCUCCGUCGUCCAUCUGUAGCUUGGCGCUAUGAGGCCGUGACAGACAGCCACCCUUGCCCUCUCCUUCAUCCUUGGCGGUAGCAGAUGGUGUUGACCGCACCCGCCAAGGAGGUGCACUGACGACCUCUCGGCUAACCUCAUCACCCAUCCCACUCCCCUCUCCUCUGUCAAGUCAACCCAGAGUGGCAUCACAGCCUCCAUUACCAUGAGCACCCAAAGUAGACCAGGCGUCCUGGCCAGAAAAGAGCAACCUCUGGAGCUCCUUAAACCCGCCACACUCAACCACCUUCAACCCGUGGACGUGAGCUCAGCGGCGCUGCCCAUGCAGGUGCCCCCCGCCUCCACGGCCGUCCUCCCCAUGGACCUGCGUGUAGUGGACCACGUUCGACACCACCACCAGCCCCAGCACCACCAGCAGCAGACGACCCCCUUCGGCCUGGUGCCCCCUGUCCACCAUGCGCCGCCCACCUCCAGUGCCUCUCCGCCAUCAUCAGAGGCAGGCGCCGGGCAGAUCCCAGGUUACCAGGAGCAGCAGCUGCAGCAGGAGCUGUUGUCCCUUAAACACAAGCAGCAACUUCAGAGACAGCUGCUGAUAGCUGAGUUUCAGAGACAGCACGAGCAGCUCUCCCGGCAGCACGAGGCUCAGCUCCAGGAACAUGUCAAGCACCAACAAGAUCUGCUCGCCCUGAAGCACCAGCAGGAGCUUUUGGAGCACCAGAGGAAGAUGGAGCGACACCGCCAUGAGCAGGAGCUGGAGAAACAGCAGCGGGAGCAAAAACUCCAACAGCUCAAGAACAAGGAGAGGGGGCAGGAGAGUGCAGUGGCCAGUACGGAGGUGAAAUUGCGGCUUCAGGAGUUUGUUCUUAACAAGAAGAAAGCCCUGGCUCAGAGGAACCUAAACCACUGCUUGCCCAAUGAUCCGCGCUACUGGUACGGGAAAACACAACACAGUUCUUUGGACCAGAGUUCUCCUCCCCAAACAGCCAUGUCGGCCUACAACCACCCCAUUCUGGGCAUGUACGACUCAAAAGAUGACUUCCCUCUCCGCAAGACAGCCUCUGAGCCCAACCUGAAGUUGCGUUCCCGGCUAAAACAGAAGGUGACUGAGCGGCGCAGUAGUCCUCUGCUUCGCAGAAAAGACGGCCCCAUUGCCACAGCUAAGAAACGUUCCUUGGACAUGGCUGAAUCAGCCUGUAACAGUGCACCAGGCUCGGGCCCCAGCUCACCCAACAACAGCUCCAGUAACAUCCCCAACGAAAACGGAGUGAACAUUUCCAGCAGUCCAGGAGAGGCCUCCCUUCUCCAGAGACUAGCUGCUAGGGAAGGUUCAGUGAGCCAGCUGUCUCUCUACACCUCUCCCUCUUUGCCCAAUAUUACCCUGGGCCUGCCAGCCACUGGUCCAGCCAGCACUGUGGUAUCGGGACACCAGGAUGGGGAAGGCCGCCUGCCAUUGCCAGGGAUAAAGCAGGGCAUCCCACUGACCCCUCCCUUCUUACCCACUGCUGCUCACCUCCCCUCAUACUUAGCAGCCUCGGCCCUGGAGAGGGAGGGGGCCGGGGGGAGCACAGCAAGCCACAGCCCCCUCCUCCAACACAUGGUACUGCUGGAGCAGGCACACAACCCACUCGCUGGCCUGGGCACUCUCCCGCUGCCGUCACCCCCUGUCUCCAAGCUGGCGCGGGGCCACCGUCCCCUGGGGAGGACCCAGUCGGCCCCUCUGCCCCAGCAGCAGUGCGGCCAAGCCCAGGCACUGCAGCAGCUGGUGGUCCAGCAGCAGCAUCAGCAGUUCUUAGAGAAACACAAACAGCAGUUCCAGCAGCAGCAGCAGCAGCACAUCAUCUGCAAGAUGAUGUCCAAGUCCAGUGAUCAGGCACCAGCCGCAGGCUCUUGUGGUCCCAGCAGGCAGCAUCAGAUCCACCCUGAGGAGACAGAGGAGGAGCUGAGAGAGCAUCAGGACCUCUCCUCAUCUUCCUCCUCAUCUUCAUCCACCUCUAUCCAAGAGGCAGGACCACCACUGCGGGCUGUGGUCAUCAAGCAGGAGCCCCCAGACCCUCAGGAGCAGGAUGAGAGGGAGCAGAGGGAGAGACAGGCUGAGCAGGAACACCUCUUCCGACAGCAGGCUCUGUUGUUAGAACAACAGAGAAUCCACCAGCUAAGGAACUACCAGGCCUCAAUGGAGGCAGCCGGUCUGUCAAUCAACUUUGCUGGACAUCGACCCCUCUCCCGGGCCCAGUCAUCGCCGGCUUCUGCCUCCUUCCCCAUGGUCGUGCAGGAACCGCCCAUCAAGCCACGAUUCACUACAGGCCUGGUAUAUGAUUCUCUGAUGCAGAAGCAUCAGUGUAUGUGUGGUAACACGACCAGCCACCCAGAGCACGCUGGUCGCAUCCAGAGCAUCUGGUCCCGACUACAGGAGACCGGCCUCAGGGCACAUUGUGAGUGUAUCCGGGGUAGAAAGGCCACUCUUGAGGAGUUACAGAUGGUUCACUCUGAGGCCCAUGUCCUGCUGUAUGGAGCCAACCCACUGCGGCAGAAACUGGACUGUUCGGCGAGCCCCAUGUUUGUUAGGCUGCCAUGUGGCGGGAUUGGGGUGGACAGUGACACCAUUUGGAACGAGGUCCAUUCAUCUAGUGCAGCUCGCUUGGCUGUGGGCUCAGUGGUGGAGCUGGUCUUCAAGGUAGCAUCAGGAGAACUCAAGAAUGGUUUCGCUGUGGUCCGACCCCCUGGACACCAUGCUGAGGAGAGCACACCCAUGGGGUUCUGCUACUUCAACUCGGUAGCCAUUGCAGCCAAGCUCAUGCAGCAGAGGCUGAGUGUCAGCAAAAUCCUCAUCGUAGACUGGGAUGUUCAUCAUGGUAAUGGCACCCAGCAGGCCUUCUAUGGUGACCCAAAUGUUCUCUACCUUUCCCUCCAUCGAUAUGAUGAUGGAAACUUUUUCCCUGGCAGUGGGGCGCCAGAUGAGGUGGGCAGUGGAGCAGGUGCUGGCUUCAAUGUGAACAUGGCUUUUACUGGAGGACUGGAGCCUCCUAUGUGCGAUGCUGAUUACCUGGCUGCCUUCAGAACGGUGGUGAUGCCCAUUGCCAACGAGUUUGCCCCAGAUGUUGUGCUGGUGUCAUCAGGCUUUGAUGCGGUGGAGGGCCAUGCGCCACCUCUGGGAGGGUACAAACUGACAGCCAAAUGCUUUGGCUAUCUGACCAGGCAGCUGAUGGGCCUGGCAGGCGGCCGGUUGGUGCUAGCCCUGGAGGGGGGUCAUGACCUCACAGCCAUCUGUGACGCCUCCGAAGCCUGUGUCUCUGCUCUGCUCGGCCAUGAGCUGGACCCCCUGCCAGAGGAGGUUCUACAGCAGAGACCCAACGCCAACGCUGUACACUCCAUGGAGAAGGUUUUGGAAGCUCACAGUCAAUACUGGCGCUCUCUAAAACACUCGGCAUCUACACUCGGCUACUCCUUGAGCGAAGCACUCAGGUGUGAGACAGAAGAGGCUGAGACGGUCACUGCUAUGGCCUCCUUGUCUGUCGCCAACAAGCACAUCAGCAAGAGGACUGAAGAAGAGCCUAUGGAAGAGGAGGCUCCCAUGUAAAGAAGCAACCCCAGUUUGACCACUCACACAACUGUCUGCGUCUCUGAUGGUGUCCUCACUCAAUCAAAUCUCUGUUUCAAUUUAAGUCCCGCCCUUGUGUCUGACCCGCGCCAUGUCAAGAUGGCACCUUGUCUGGGGGGGAAGGCAGCAUUGAUGAAAGUGCUGGGGACUGAAACAGAACCCUGAAGAUGACCCAUUGCGCCGCUACGUGGCAGCACAGAGACUGAUUAGCGUAAAUGUGUUGCCUCUUGCCCGCGUGGGGAAGCCAGGACCUCAGUUGCCAGGUCACCUCUUCAGGACCUAGAAUUCUAGAGGGACAACUAAGCUGUCCUCGGAUGACAACCUUGAGUGCCAGUGUUUGUUAAGGAAA